AUGACCAUCAACAACCGUCAGAUCAUCUACGCCAACACGCCCUCUCCGGCGAUUGACCCGUCCUUGACGUCCGGGACCUUCAAGCUCAACACGACCACCAUCCCCGACAAUGUCCCCGCCGAUAAGGUCCUCGUCCGCGUACACUACCUGUCCCUCGACCCUGCGAUGCGCCAGUGGCUGACCGCCAAGCGGUCCUACAUCGCCCCGGUCGAGCGCGGCGCCGUCAUGCGCGGCCAGAGCAUCGCGCAAGUAAUCGGCGUCGGCGACAGCGUCAAGUCGCAGUACAAGGUCGGCGACUGGGUGAUCGCCUACUCGGGCUGGCAGGAGUACGCCCUGAUGUCGGCCAAGGACGCGCAGAAGAUCACCGUGCCGCCGGGCUGCCAGCCCACCGACGCCAUGUCGGUGCUCGGCAUGACCGGGCUGACGGCCUAUUUCGGCAUGAUGGAGGUCGGCCAGCCCAAGCCCGGCGAUACGGUCGUUGUGUCUGGGGCGGCGGGCGCGACGGGCAUGGUCGCGGGGCAGAUUGCGAAGAUCCAGGGCGCGAAGCGGGUUGUCGGCCUGGCGGGCAGUGCGGACAAGUGCGAGUUCUUGCGGAAGGAAUUGGGCUUCGACGCCGCUAUCAACUACAAGGACAAGGACUGGAAGAAGCAACUGAAGGAGGCGACGCCGGAGUAUAUCGAUGUGUUCUUUGAUAAUGUCGGGGGUGAGAUCCUCGAUGCGUGUCUUGCUCGCGCGGCGCGCGACUCCCGCUUUGUUAUCUGCGGCGCUAUCAGCCAGUAUAACGCUGCCAAACCGCAGGGGCCUGCUAGUUUCAUGAACGUCAUUUCUCAACGAGUCAUGAUGAAGGGCUUCAUCGUCUUUGACUAUGCGAAGAAGUACCCCGUCGCCCUGAAGGAUCUUGGAACGUGGCUGUCCCAGGGCAAACUCAAGCGCAAGGACCACAUCGUUACUGGUGGCUUGGAGUCUGCGCCUCAGGGCUUGGUGAACCUGUAUGCGGGUGUGAACACGGGCAAGAUGAUGGUCGAGGUGGCUCCUAUGAGCAAAGCCAUCGGCCGUCAGGCGAAACUAUAG